UCUCCAUUAAAAUAUGAUUUGCAAUAAUGACACAUUUAACAUGUUUACCAUUAAAAAAAUAAUUUACGAAAAUGAAAACCAAAAAAUUUACAUGGCUAGCAUGAAAGAUAAGUUCACAAUCAUUGUACUCAAAGUCGAAAUGGGCGAUUCAAAACACCUAUACACACAGUACAAAAUACUUGACAUUUUGAAAUUUGUGUUGGGAGUGCCUUAAGUACUGAACUUUGGUUUUACUUCGGAUGAAAAGUAAAAAUUGUCCUCAAAUUAGGUUUUACUAUUCCAUAGACUUCUACGACAAAUCAGUCUCAGAUAUUUUAAAGAAAUACGGAGCCUUAAGCCUAUAAUCAGCGCUAUCAAUAGGAUUAUCUUUGCUUAGAAUUUUAAGUGGCAUCCACAGAUAAGAAAUUAUCUACAGCAAUCUCUGUCCCGAAAAUAUUGUAUUUUCAAAAGAAGGUCUUGAUCAUGACUCGAAAAUUCAUCUAAUAGGCUUUGGUUAAGCAUUUUUAAAAUAUGACAAACCAAAAAAAAUAUACAAUUAAAACUUUUUGCCAUAUCAAUCCUGCCUAUCUUACAACAAUCGAACACCAUUCAAGAAGGAUGAUUUAGAGAGUUUGGGUUAUCUCCUAAUAAAAUUAAGAAAAGGUAAUACUUUGUUAUAUUUAAAGGAACCUUACCCUGGGAAUAAUUGCCUCAAUCGUUGAUGGGAAAGAAAAAGAUCGAAUGUUUAAAAUCAAACGAAGUUUUUAAGGGACUUCCGUACGAAUUUAGAUUGUAUUUUAAAUAACUCGAAUAAUAUAAUGACGAGCCAAAACAUUAAUAUUUCAUUAAAUUACUAAAUGCCAUUAUGCUAAAAUAUUGCAAGACAACACGACAUUGUGUUUAAGAACUAAACCAAUUAACUCCAAUAACUGAAGCCUAAGAUGAAACCAAUUAAUCAUUAGAUAGUUUUUAGCUUUCUCGACGUACUGCUAAUCUGAGUAGCCUAAAUUUGUUGACGAAUACUGAACUAGACUCAUCUAUUGAAGAAAAGUUAAAGAAAUUGGAGUUGAUUUCGAAACAAUAUAAACUAAUCAGUAACCUAUGA